CUGCUACUCUUUCGCUUUAGGACAUCGUCUUUGUUCCGCUCUUUAACUUAUUUAGGGCUAACUGAAGGCCUAAAUCUUGUCAAAACUCCCUGCUGAUGCUGCUGUGCUACAUCAAUAACGAACGCUAAGACCGAGCUGUAAGCUACACCGCCUCCAGCGGCUCGUCUCAACGCCCCGUGGAACGCCAGGCAGUGUAGCGGAAGAAGACAUGCGCUGAGGGGCUAAUCUCUCGGCAAUCCCUUCCUCACUUGGUAGGGCGAUCGGAGAAACAUUCGAUGUGGAGCCGGAGGCCAGAGCCGAAACUAACCAGCAGCGAGUUGCAUGCGUAUGUGAAGGGAUAGAGCCAUCCAUUUUUUAAGACUCCCAUGGGCAUCGUGCCAGGACUUAACCAUUUACCUUCUUCAGCACCGGCUACACACACCAUCGCUUCGCGGUCUUGAGCUACAGUUAGUCCCAAAUGGGAUCCACUGUGCAAAGUGAGCAACAGGUCGCUAUCGUUACCGGUGCCACGAGUGGUAUUGGUACAUGGCUCGCAAAGCACAUCCACGCACGUGGCUAUCGCGUUGCACUUUGCGGUCGACGUGAAAAAGAGGGGCAAGAUGUUGCCUCCUCCAUCGACGAGUCCGGAGAGUCGGCUAUCUUCAUACAAUGUGACGUGGAAUCCUAUCAGUCACAGGCCGAUCUAUUCAGAAGCGUCUGGGGAAAAUGGGGCCGUCUUGACGUUCUUAUUGCCAACGCUGGUUCCGUAGAUCGAGGUUCAAUGUAUAACUUCGCCCGUCGCGAUACAGCUAUCGACGACCUACCGUCUGAACCUGAAACUAGCUGUACUGACAUCGACCUGAAAGGCACGAUAUAUGGCACCACACUGGCCACGCACUUCAUGCGUCACAAUGCUUACGGAAAGGGAGGGAAAAUCAUCGUCACAGGCAGCAUGAUUGGGAUCUACCCGUGCCCAACGUUCCCGGAGUACUGCGCGGCGAAGGCUGCAACACACCAAUGGGUCAAGACAGUGGGGCCUUUAUUGCAGAGAAAAGAAAACAUCACGGUAAACUGCGUAAUGCCCGGUGGUAUCGAGACGCCUGCCAUGCCUGGCUUUUCCAAAGCCUUCCUGCCCCAACAGAUGACAUUGAAGUCAACUCUUCUAUCCGGCUACGAUACUUUCCUCGAUGACGCGGAAAACAGAAAGACUGGUCAAAUGCUUGAAGCAGCACACGACAAGCUCGUCAAUUGGGGGCAUCCAGGUUAUAAGAGUGGAGCGUUCGCAAAGCGGACUGAGGCAGUUUUUGAACCAUGGUUUGAGAUGGUACACGGCGAAAGAAGUGAGUUGCCCGGCGCAAUUCAAGAUUGGCCAAAUAGAGGUCCCAAGAUCAUUGCCGUGACCGGUGCAACAGGAAGCCAGGGUGGCGGUGUAGUAAAUGUGUUGAAAAAGACGGUCGGUUGGAAGGUGAGAGCACUGACGAGGAAUCCUGAAAGUGAUGCAGCGAAGAAGCUUGCUGCUGAGGGCAUCGAGGUUAUUCAAGCUAGCUUCGAUGAUGAAGCAUCGCUGGCCAAGGCCUUUGAAGGGGUCCACGCCGUCUUUGCUGUUACUCAAUGGUGGGAACACCUCUUCCAUGGUAAGAGCCAAAUUGAAUCUGGUGAGAUCGAAGAAGAACAGGGCAUGAAAAUUGCCCGAGCCGCUGCAGGCUCGCGCACAUUGGAGCACUACAUCUGGUCCACAACGCCAAGUCCUAAGCGCAUGUUCCAGGGUAAGCUCCUGGCGUCGCAUAUGGAUUACAAGGCCAAUAUCGAUGCUCGAAUCAAAUCGGAGCUGCCUGAACUGGCAGCUAUCACUACGUAUCUGUACUUCGGCUAUUACCCCCAGAACAUGGCCUUCUUUCCGCUCUGCAAACCAUUCGAAUGUCCAGGCACCGGCCAAUACAUCCAAACCCUACCCACAAAAGGCAAUGCCAAAGUCCUCUUAUCUGGCGACAUGUCCGUGAACCCGGGAAUCUGGGUGCGUCAAGUACUUGCGACGGGCGACAAAGCCUACGGCAGAUAUGCCAACGUUGCGCUAGAAAAGUGGACUUUUCAAGAAAUGGUCGACGUAUGGUCCGAGAUCACAGGCAAAUCAUGCGUCUUCACGGAGAUCACAAUGGAGGCCGUGACCAAGCUGUACGGCGACAUGGGAAACGAGCUGGCCCUGCAAUUCAAAUAUGGCGAGGCGUGCGAUCCGUGGGAGGAGACCGACGACCAUAUUAGUCCUGAGGAGUUGAGCAUUGACAAAAAUGAGGUCGUAGGCUUUAGAGGGACAAUUGAGGGACUGCAACAGAAGGGUUUCUGGGCUUAGGUGAUAGUUAUCCCAAUUGUUCCGUACGGGUUUAGCCUCAGCCUGGGUCCUCAUCGCUUGUUAUAUAAUUUGCAGGACUCGUAAAAUUCACACCUAUCUCUGGUUGCUUUAUUUGGAUGUAACCUUUUACGAAAGAUUGUUGGUAUAUGGAUCGUAUUCCUGUUUACUCUUCUUACACCCAAAUCUUCGUGUCUAGUUGCGGGGUUUUUCAGCUUCAACAUCCCUAACAUAUCGACCUUAGGUUUAAGGACAUGUAGGAAAUCGUCACUUACUGUGCCACUCGUCUUUGUUGAUGGGAAGGAUCCGGUCUUGACAGGCAUCC